GUCAGGGAGUGGCCUGGCAGAGACUCGACUCGACUCGACAAUGGCGAAGCUGCACAGGCUCAUCUCCGCCGUCCUCAGGCUGGCCGCGGCGGGAGCCGCGGCCGCCGCAGCCGUGAUCAUGGUGACUAGCCACGAGACCACCAGCUUGUUCGGCAUAGAGAUGGAAGCCAAGUACUCCUACACUCCAUCAUUCGUCUUCUUCGUGGUGGCUUUCGCUGUGACCUUCGCCUACAGCCUGCUCGCGGCCGUCCUCGUGCGCCCGGGGACCACCGCCUCCAGAUUAGUGCUCCUAAGCGACGUGACGGUAGGGAUGCUUCUGACGGGCGCCGUGGCGGCCACCGGCGCCAUCUCUCAGGUGGGGAAGAGCGGCAACGAGCACGCCGGGUGGCUGCCCAUCUGCGCGCAGGUGCAGGCCUACUGCGGCCACGUGAUGGGGGCGCUCAUCGCCGGCUUCGUCUCGCUGCUCCUCUACUUCCUCAUCAUCAUGUACUCCCUCCACGCGGUCGCCGAACCCCUGUGCUCCUGCCAUUAGAACACGGCCAAACGCGCACACUAUUCGUUCGAUUAUAUUCACUAGGUCAUCGACGAUGAUCCAAUGGUCGGUCCCCAGUGAUACGUUGUUUUCCGUCUCACUACUAUAUAUAUAUCUGCCGCACUGUUGAGUCGA